CGACAACCACUGAAGAUUUUACCGGCACCAGAAGAAAAAACUUACAGAAGAUUUUUUGUUUUACUUUUCCUCUCAGCUUAUUUAUAAUAUUUAACAUUUUCUAGCAGCUGGGAUUCGACUCAACGUUUUUCUUCUUGGGAACUUGAUUUCUUUGCACUUAAAAAGUGUGCCAUCACUCAACUUUUUUUUUUCUUACUUACACCAGACUCUUAUUUAACCUUCAGCAAUGUUUCCAGAGGCAAACAAAGGCUACAGCUAUGAGGACUGCAAGGCCACCGCCGAUUGGCUGCUGGCCCAGACGGACGUCCGCCCCACAGUGGGCAUCGUGUGCGGGUCGGGGCUCGGAGGGCUCGCUGACAUGUUAAAGGACCAAGUUGCCUUCAACUACAAGGACAUCCCCAACUUUCCACAGAGCACCGUGCAUGGACAUGCAGGACGGCUAGUGUUCGGCACAUUGAAGGGGAGGCCGUGUGUUUGCAUGCAGGGCCGCUUCCACCUGUAUGAGGGCUACCCGAUCCAGAAGAUCACCCUGCCCAUGAGAAUCUUCAAGCUGCUCGGUGUGGAGACGGUGAUGCUGACCAACGCAGCCGGAGGUCUCAACCAGGACUUUAAAGUGGGAGACAUCAUGAUCAUCAAAGACCACCUCAACAUGCCCGGCUUCGCUGGCAACAAUCCUCUGUCCGGACCCAACGAUGAGAGGUUCGGCGUGCGCUUCCCCUGCAUGUCCGACGCGUACGACAGGGAGCUGCAGCAGCUGGCCAUGGACGUGGGACAGGAGCUCGGCUACGGAGACUUCCUGAGGGAGGGCGUCUACUGCGUCCUAGGCGGACCCUCGUUCGAGACCAUCGCUGAGUGCCGUAUGCUGCACAAGCUGGGCGCUGAUGCUGUUGGCAUGAGCACGGUCCACGAGGUGAUCAUCGCACGUCACUGCGGCAUGCGCGUCUUCGCCCUCUCGCUCAUCACCAACCAGGCAGUGAUGGACUACGACAGCGAGGAGAAGGCCAACCAUGAGGAGGUCCUUCAGACAGGGAGGCAGCGAGCGCAGCAGCUGGAGCGGCUGGUUUCCACCAUGGUGACCAGGAUCGAGCACAACAACAACUACGCCUAAGAGACGCCGCGCUCACUCUGGGGCACUCGUGCUUGUCAGACACUAAGAUUUUUAGCCUUUUAGCAUCACUAAAGGAGACUUAAAGUGAUUAUAGCUCACUUUUAAUGCUAUGCUAAGAAAAUCCCACUUUGUUUAUUCUUUAGGUGAGGAGUUGGGCUGAUUUUAGUCAUAGGUCAUAAGAUGAUAGCAUUGUAAUCAUCUGAAGAAUCUCUCUUAGAUAUAUAGAAAUACAAUGCACACAACCUUUGUUUUCACGUCACCGUGCCUUAUCUGACACCUUACAUUCCUUUAUUGAGCGUCUCCAGAUGAAAAAGCUGCUUCUCAGUUUUUUGUAUCACUUUGAACGAGGCGUAUUUGUUCUAACUUAAUAUAUGAUCAGCUUGUACAAAUGUCUGCAAUUUAACUUAACAAUAAGCCAAAAUCUGCUGUAAAGAUCUUAAUAUGAUGAUGUUGUUGAAACGUGUACAUUAGUGGACUUAAGGUAUUAUACUGUGCUUGUUUUUUUUAAUAUGAAUGUUAUUACUAAAUGUACUAUUUAUUAAGAUA